AUGUCUUGGGAGGAAAGACUUGGGAUCAUUGAGACCCUGGUUGGGUACGAGAAAGCCUUUGCUUCUGCUAAUCUUCCUAUGUAUGGGAGCUUGUAUUAUGCAAAGGAUCUACCUAGCCCGAGUCCAAGUGAAUUUCUUGAUCCCGUCGACUCGACAGACAAAGGAGAAGCAUUCGUAAUAGGACCCACAACAAACAGGUCAUUCUCCGACAAAGGGAGAGAUUCUGUCGAAGUUAAUCGAGGGCCAUGGCCUUCACUCAACGAAUAUGCCCAUUCCUGCGCCGCUCGAGAGUUAGCAUGCAUCGAGAAGUUCUCAUCAUAUCCUAGGCAGCAAUGUCUUUUCAAUGGUCCAAACCAAUACUGUCCAACCAAAGCAUUCAAGAUUCAAGUCCUCCAAGACUAUCUCAAAGUCACAGCCCAUGCUCUGCCCAACAACGCAAACCUCUCAAAACCAACUCUAUGA